AUGGAGAUCCUCGAAGCCGCGAGCAUCAACUCGCUAGGUGGCCAAUGGCUCUCAAGACUCCCGGGACUUCCCAAACCCAAAGUCAAAUUUGAAGCCGAAUUUCUUGCCGAGAGCCGGGACCCGAUUCGAGGGUCAUCUGGACCUUUUAUUGUAGCAACCAAGACGUUCGAGGAAGUGGAAGGCAAGCAAUUUAAUAUUGUUUUAGUCCCUGCUGGUAAGCUCAAGUCUGACCCUGUUCGCUCGUCGGAGAAUACUGUGCCGGGUGCGAAAUAUAUAUUUUCGGUAUGCGGUGGUAGUUGGACAUUGGCUUCGCUUGGGUUGUUAGAUGGAAAGCGAGCCACAUCAAACAAGUCUGCCUUUAACGAGAUCAAAAGAACAACUAGCUCGGCUGUUCAAUGGGUGCCCAAAGCUCGUUGGGUAGUGGAUGGUAAAUUCUGGACGAGCUCCGGGGUGACCGCCGGUCAGGACAUGGCAUACGAAUUUUUGAAGACGCUAGCUGGGGAAGAGUUUGCUGUGUCUACGAAGAAUAUGGUCGAGUUACGUGCGGCCGGACAGGGUGAUGAUGAGUUUGCGGAGGUGUUCAAGCUUACUUAG